AUUUGUUGUAAUAGUUGUAUAUUAUCAUUUUUGAAAAAAUGAGCAAAUCCAUAUUUUUUGCUCUCUUCAUUAUCCUUAUCAUAGGGUCGAUAGCAAACGAGGUUCAAGGACAAGGAAAAUUGUGUGGCAAGGAUAUAUCAGUAACAGAUUGUGGUGGUGGUGGUGGCUGCAAUGCUUUGUGCCUACAAUUAUAUAAAGGAACUGGCAAGUGCAUUGAAGCGGGUCAAGGACGUUUUAGAUGCGGCUGCUAUUACCCAUGUUAAUGAAAAAACAAAAAAACAGAUUCGGUUACUUAACAAUAAAAAUAUAAUGAAAUAAAAUAAAAUAAAAUAAAAGGAAUUUGG